UUGCCACUGGCUUGAGGGAAGACGGAUGCAGGUCUUAGCCAAUAGGAGGCACCGCACGCCCGAGGGCGGGACUGGCGCGUGGCCUGGGCUCAGGGCUCUGCCGGAAGCCGGCGUCGGCGGCGCAGCUGGCUCGCGAGGUGGGCUUAGGUGGACUCAGGCGCUGGGCGACAGCUGUGAGCAGAGUGGAGACAGGAUGGCAAAACAGAAGAGAAAAGUUUCUGAAGUGACAGAGAAAAAGAAGAAGUUGAAAGCGUCAGCAGAAGAGACACUGCUGGCACCUGAGGCCACACCAGGCCAUAAGGAAACGCACCUCCAGGGGGGAGCAGUGUGCACAGCGGUGCAGGACUCGGACCCCGAGCUAUCCCCGGAGGAGAAGAGGAUCCUGGAGAGGAAGCGGAAGAAGGAGCGGAAGAAGGAAGAGAGGCAGCGUCUGCGGGAGGCAGCAGUCACCACACAGAACCUGCCGGCCAGGCACUCAGGGGCGGAGCUGGCCCUGGCCUACCUGUGCGGGUGGGCCCAGAAGCGCAAGGAUUGGAGGUUCCAGAAGACGCGGCAGACAUGGCUCCUGCUGAACAUGUACGACAGUGACAAGGUGCCCAACGAGCACUUCCCCAGCCUGCUGGCCUACCUGGAGGGACUGCAGGGCAGGGCCCGCGAGCUGACGGUGCAGAAGGCUGAAGCCCUGAUGCUUGAGCUGGACGAGGCAGGCGCCGGAGGCCCAGACCCGCUCCUGCUGGCGAAGGCCCAGCGCAUCCGGCAGGUGCUGCAGCUGCUCUCCUAAUGGGGCAGGUGGUGUGACGGGGCCCCGCCCCAGCUCAGGGCCGUCCUUGGACCACGCAGGAUGCAGCCGACCACCUCCUCCUGGCAGUGGAGGCCUGGGCCUUCCAGCUCCACAGACCCACGACGGACCCUCCCCACCUACCCUGCUUGGCCAGAGACUGUAUAUGAUAACAGGUUUUGCUACCUGUAGAGGAGAAGGUGGUUGCUCUGAAGUGACUCAGACACAUUGGUGCCUGAACAUGGCCCUCAAGCCAUAGGGGGCUGGUCUUUUGCUUUUGAGGGAAAUGUCUAUUUUUCUACUAGAGAUGGGUGACGGAUGUUUUAGAAACUGGGCAGAGCUGGCUGUGGUCCUGACGUUCCACUGGGUGGCCCAGCGUGGGCCGUUUGUUCCUGGUCCCUGCCUGCGUCAUGGCAGGUCGAGCUGUGGCAUGUCCACCUCUCCCUGGACGGUGCCUGGCCUCGCUGCCUGGUCACAGGAGAGCCCUGUCUGGGCUUUGGGGUCAGACCGCGUACCUGCGUGCACGGACGGACUCUGCUGGCUGUAUUUUCAAUAAAAACAAGCGUACCUUGG